CUCUCUUUUUUUCUGUUUACUUUUUUUUAAAAAAAUCUCAUGACCUCAGUUGAAUUUGGUAGUCCACUUAGAAAAUAUAAGUUAGUAUUUCUUGGAGAGCAGAGUGUUGGCAAAACCUCACUUAUUACUCGUUUUAUGUAUGAUACGUUUGAUAGUACAUAUCAGGCCACUAUUGGUAUUGAUUUUCUAUCCAAAACCAUGUAUUUGGAAGAUAAGACGGUUCGCUUGCAACUAUGGGAUACAGCAGGACAAGAACGUUUCCGAAGCUUGAUUCCGAGCUACAUUAGAGAUUCCUCCGUUGCUGUUAUUGUAUAUGAUAUGUCAAACAGAGAUUCAUUUAUGAACACAACAAAGUGGAUAGAUGAUGUACGAGCUGAAAGAGGAAAUGAAGCCAUUGUCGUACUAGUGGGAAACAAGACCGAUCUUAAUGAAAAGAGAGAAGUAACCACUGAAGAAGGCGAAAAGAAAGCAAAAGAACUCAACGUGAUGUUUAUUGAAACAAGCGCAAAAGCUGGGCAUAACGUUAAAACACUGUUUAGAAGAAUUGCUCAAGCUUUACCUGGUAUCAAUAGUAAUAGCCCCACUGAACAAAAAGAGCAAAUGCAAAAAAUUAAUCUUAAUAACUCUGGCACAGAAUCAAGUGGAUGUGCUUGUUAAUAACUGUUGUCAUCACAAGUAACAAAUAAUAUGUAUAUCAAUAAUAAAUAGUCAUCAUUCUUUCUC